GUAUAUAUCUAUCCCCUUUUGUAUGUAGCGCUUUACCUUCUUUACAACACUCCAAAUCCACCUCUUGCAAGAGCACACAACACCGUCGUUAUUACAGACAAGUAGCAACACACACAUAUAUAUAUAUAUUUUAUUUGCUUCCGAAUAGUUUAAUUAAUCCCAAGUUAGUGAAUAAAAUAAGAACCCAUAUUGGGUGUGUGUUCCAUCGUUUUCUAGAGAUCCCCUCGUGAAGUUCAUGUGGGAGUAUGGAGAAAGGGAUCUGAAAUCACUUAAUGAUGGAACGGGUCGCCCGCUUUGGAAAAGCAGUUCAGAGUAGUUGGGGGGCAUGAGUUCAAGAUUCAGGUGGGGAUGGAGUUCGUUUAGCUACAGGAAAGUAUUUAGUUAGAUUAUAUGGAGAAAACAAAUGACCCUCUGCUUAGUAGGCUCUUGUUGUAAGUAAAUCAGGGGAAUUGGGUGCUGCUGUUGGCCUUAACUGAGAGCAUCUUUGGUGGAUCUAUUUAUUUAUGUAGUAGUAAUCAUGACUAAGGCUGCCCGAGAUCGGAUACUUAAGGAUGUGAAUGGUGAUAUUAGUGAUCAUCUGCGUAACCACAUUCAUUUGACGAAUUGUAUCCAUUUGAAGAACCAUAUGCAUAAGCAUAGUCCCAUAUUGGCAGAUAGGGCGUUGAUGAGGGACCUUGUGGUUCUUCAGAGGUCAAGAUCUUUGAGGGACCCCUCUGCGAGUCCGCCGUCAUGGCAAUCUCCUGCUGUUGCUGAUUUGGUGCUCGGAAGAGGAGAAGCAGAGGACAUUGUUGGAGGAAGACAAUCUGUGAGCAUAGAACGUCCGAGGCAGGGUGGACGGAUGUCUGGAGGCACCCCUCCAUUCAGUGGCCGGUUGAGCAGGCGUAACGAUGGUGUAGCAGCAGGGGGUGCUGCCAGUGAACAAAGCAGCAAAGAUGGAAAUGAUGUGAUCCAUGAUGGAGUUUCGAGAGGCUCAGAAUUGAGAGAUUGGAGUGCCAAAGUGAAAGGAGGUUACAGGCAAGAUAAACAUCUGACAACACUCUCUGAGAAGUUGAAAGAUGUCCCGGCUGAAAGUAAUGAUGCAGUUUCAUCCCAUAACUAUGGCGAAGGAAGUCACAACCAGAUUGGGAAGGCUGCUGAACAAGCAGGAAUAAACAUUAGCCAUGGGAGUAGUCUGAACAGGGGAAAAAGGCGGCGGUUUCGAGGUGCAAGAAGAAGUAGGCCUGCUAGAACUCCCCGCGAGACCGAGACACAAAAUGAAAUGUCCGUGGCCUCGAACUCAUUUGCUCAAGGCAGAGCUCCCCACAGCCAUGAAAUGCGGGAGGAAUUCCAGGGCUUUGAUGGUCAGAAUGUCACUGGCGUUCCCAGAAAUGGCUGCGGCAUUCCAUGGAACUGGUCUAGGAUUCAUCACAGGGGAAAGUCAUUUAUUGACAUGGCCGGCCGGAGUCUUUCUUGUGGUUUAUCUGAUUCAAGGUUUAAUAAGAGAGGUGGUUCUGGUGCUCGAGGAAUGGAAGGCCCCGGCGUGCAUGUCAUGUCAGAAUUCUCGAGUUCGUCCACUAAAUCGGAUGGGGAAGCUUUACCCCUGCUACUUGAUGCUUCUGGUUCUCAGGGAAGCAUCGGUCAUGCCCGCUGGAUUCAUGAUUAUUCGGGGGAGUUGGGUAUAUAUGUUGACAAUCUUCUAAAGCCGGAUACUGAUUCUGAUCUUGCAUCAGAAGGUAGAUCUCACGAGAGAGACAAAUUUUCGAAGCAUCACAACGAAAGGCAUCAGAAUCUGACUCAAAAAUACAUGCCGCGAAUGUUUAAAGAUUUGGUAGGUCAGAACUUGGUUGUACAGGCUCUCUCCAAUGCAGUUGUGAGGCGGAAAGUUAGUUUGCUCUACUUAUUUUACGGCCCUCAUGGAACAGGUAAAACAUCUUGCGCCCGUAUAUUUGCUCGAUCUUUAAAUUGCCAGUCUGUAGAGCUUCCAAGGCCGUGUGAUUUUUGCAACUCAUGCAUCGCACAUAACGCGGGAAAGAGCCGCAGCCUAAGAGAGAUAGGCCCGGUUAGUAAUAUUGACUUUGAAGGCAUAAUCGAUCUUCUCGACAGUUUCGGUGCUUCCCAGGUUCAGUCUCAAUACAGAGUUUUAAUAUUUGAUGAAUGUGACACAUUGUCUUCAGAGUGUUGGAGUGCAAUUUUAAAAGUCGUUGAUCGGGCCCCAAGACGAGUCAUAUUUGUCCUUGUUUGCUCUAGUCUUGAAGCUAUACCUCAUGUGGUAGUGUCCCGGUGCCAGAAAUUCUUUUUUCCGAAGUUAAAAGAUGCUGACAUAAUAUACACUUUACAAUGGAUUGCAACUAAAGAAGGUUUAGAGAUUGAUAAGGAUGCUCUAAAGCUUAUUGCAUUGAGGUCGGAUGGAUCCUUGAGGGAUGCUGAAAUGACACUGGAACAAUUGAGUUUACUUGGGAAGAGGAUUUCUCUUAGCCUGGUGCAGGAAUUGGUUGGGCUAAUAUCUGAUGAGAAGUUAAUAGAUCUUCUUGAUUCAGCAUUGUCGGCGGACACUGUCAACACGGUGAAAAAUCUGAGAGAUAUCAUGGAAUCUGGUGUGGAGCCGAUGGCAUUGAUGUCACAGCUUGCUACGGUUAUAACCGAUGUUCUUGCUGGAAGCUACGAUCUCAUGAAAGAAUGGCCUAAAAGGAAGUUUUUCCGGCGACAAACAUUAUCGAAAGAAGAUAUGGAAAAAUUACGUCAGGCACUGAAGACAUUGUCCGAAGCAGAAAAGCAGCUGAGAGUUUCCAAUGACCGGAUAACUUGGCUAACGGCUGCACUGCUGCAACUCGCCCCAGAUCAACAAUACAUACUGCCGAGCUCUUCGACAGACACUAGUUUAGAUCAUAGCCCCCUUGUGUUGAACACUAAUUUGAGGGAAAGACACAGAAAGAGCAAUGCUGAAACUCUUAGAGAUCAGAGGGGGCUUUCGGGGAAUGCUCAUUAUAAUAGGUUGAAGGGGCCUAUUACAAAUGGGAAUGAAACCAACGGCCGUGGAGCUGCUUACAAAAAUAAGGAGGAUCAAUUGCAAGGAAGAUCUCAUCAGCAAAUCGAAGAAAUUUGGUUGGAAGUGCUUGAAAGGAUUCCUAUCAGGAGUGCGAAAGAGCUCAUGCAACAGGAAGGAAAGCUCGCCUCGCUCAGUUACGGUGCAGCUCCAACCGUGCAGUUGCUGUUUUCAUCGCAGCAGGCGAAGUCUAAGGCUGAAAAAUUCAGAUUGCACAUCUUACAGGCAUUCGAGUCGGUUCUUAGAUCUCCAGUGACAAUUGAGAUCAGAUGCGACACAAGAAAAGAUGCUGGAUUGGGACCGAUUCUGCUGCCAGCGCCUCAGAAACCAUCUCAUUAUCAUGCUGAUGGAAUGCCUAUGUUCGUAAGUCUUCCAAAUAGAGAUGCUUCAUCCUCGGGAUUGAAUAGAAGAGAGAUUGUUGAGAUGGAAUCUUCUCCUAGAAGGUAUGAGGACAGCAGUAGCAAAGAUGAAAAGGCAGAAUCCAACAGGGGAAGAACUGAGAAUUCAGGAUUAAGAUCUGCCCAGAAGGUGGUACCCCUUAAGUUAGGCGAUAAGAACCCGAGUCUUAGCCUAGUUCGAGGCAAGGUGUCCCUUGCUCAUGUGAUCCAGGAAGGGCGCGCUUACCAUAACGGAUGGUCGAAGCAGAAAGCAAUUUCGAUUGCUGAAAAGAUCGAGCAAGAGAAUUUGAGACUCGAGUCAAGAUCAAGGCGACUACUUUGUUGGAAUCCUCCAAAAUCAACCCGUCGAAAGCUUUCGCGGUUGAAAAUCAGAACGAGGAAGCCGCAGACAUUGCUGAAAUUCGUCUCCUGUGGAAGGUGUCUCUCGGGAAGGUCUCCUCGAUCAAGACUAACCCCACAAAGGCUUUUCAAAGCAAAGGUCACUCUCAAGCAGGCUGGAUAGAAAUUCCAAGAGUAUUAAAACCUGCAGAAAGAUUGGAAAAGGAAAAAAAGAUACAAGGAGGAAGACGAAGAUCAAAUACUCAGUUUGGAAGCUGUAAUUUUUUUCAGUUGCGAAGGGAUAGUCUGCAUUCUUUUUCAUUUUCUAGUUGCUUUAAUGGCGUCGGC